AUGAAUAUUUUUUCAUACAAUGAUUUUGCCGUGGUCCGCGACAAAACCUUUGCCGCGGUCCUCAGCAAAGGUUUUGCCGUGGUCCGCAGCAAAGGUUUUGCCGUGGUCCGCAGCAAACUAAGGUUUGCCGUUGUUCGCAUCGAAGGUUUGUCGUGGUCCGCUGUUAAGGUUAUGCUGUUAUCAGCAGCCAAGAAUGUAAGACAAAAGACCGACAUCCAAAAGACCGACAUCCAAAAGACCGACAUCCAAAAGACCGACAUCCAAAAGACCGACAUCCAAAAGACCGACAUCCAAAAGACCGACAUCCAAAAGACCGACAUCCAAAAGACCGACAUCCAAAAGACCGACAUCCAAAAGACCGACAUCCAAAAGACCGACAUCCAAAAGACCGACAUCCAAAAGACCGACAUCCAAAAGACCGACAUCCAAAAGACCGACAUCCAAAAGACCGACAUCCAAAAGACCGACAUCCAAAAGACCGACAUCCAAAAGACCGACAUCCAAAAGACCGACAUCCAAAAGACCGACAUCCAAAAGACCGACAUCCAAAAGACCGACAUCCAAAAGACCGACAUCCAAAAGACCGACAUCCAAAAGACCGACAUCCAAAAGACCGACAUCCAAAAGACCGACAUCCAAAAGACCGACAUCAAAAAGACCGACAUCCAAUAG